CCCCCCCCUUCUUUUGGACCGCGUGAAUCCGAUUACCCAAAGCAAAAAGCAAUCAUACUGGCGUGGCUUGUUCCAUCAAGACAAACACCCCUCUCACUCUCUCUCUCUCUUUCCUCUUUGCUUACAUCCUCCCCACCUUUUUUUUUCUCAGCAUGCGCCUCGUCUCGUCGCUGAAAACGCCACUCCGGUCCCGCUGGUCGGUGGCUGGCAACGAUACAGAAACACUCUGGUGGCCAGUCCGCAAUGCCACUUGUUUAGAGAAGAAGAAGAAGAAGGUUCUGCUUUUUAUUCCAGGCAACCCGGGUCUUGUUGAAUAUUAUACCGAUUUCCUUGAAGAGAUUCACCAGAAUGCGUCAUUGCCACUCGAGAUCUUUGCAGUUUCUAACUUGGGCAUGAUCGCAACAACAACAACAACAACUGCCAACAACAACAAGGACGAUGGUUUGUUUUCAUUACAGGAACAGAUAGACCACAAGAUUGCAUGUUUUGACAUUCUUUACAAAGAAAGCCCGGACAAUACCGAAUUCGCAUUGAUGGGCCAUUCUAUUGGCGCGUACAUUGCCGUCGAAGUGUUGAAAAAGAGACACAGUCAACGCAUCCAUCGCGUCGUUACUUUGUUUCCUACCAUUCGGGAAAUAGGACUCACUCCGAAUGGCAUUACCUUCACUAAACUAUUUUCGUACCUGCCCAUCAGUGUCAUUUCAACAUCAGCAACACUGUUGUCCUACAUGUCUGCGCCACUGUUGGAACGUCUUGUGAUGCUUUUGACGGGCCAACAGGGGCCGUGCGCACAGGUCACUGCCCAUCGACUGUUGAAAGGCUCGGUGGUCAAGAACUGUCUCUACAUGGCCCAGCAAGAGAUGCAACAUGUGGGCGAACUCGAUCUGGACUUUUACAACGCGCAUGCGGACAAGUUUGUCAUUUACUAUUCUCGCAAUGACAAGUGGGCGCCUCUGGAUCAUUACGAGUACAUGAAACAGAGAUUCCCUGAGCAUGAACAUUUGUAUUUAUGCCAACAAGAUAUCCCUCACAGUUUUAGUUUAGAACCAAAAAACUCGAGCUAUAUGGCAAACAAGGUUGUUUCUUGGUUGGAGCAACGACACUAGCCGAUAUAAAAAAAAACAGAUUCUUCUUUUUUAUAUAUUAAGAUGCCUCUUUAAAUGACGAACGAAACGAUGAAAGUAAGGGAAUUCUUUUUAUUUUAUUCCAUACAUUCGAAUAAAAAGAAACUGCACCGAGGGCCGUUUAAUCAAUCGAUC